UGUGGUGAUGGUGAGAUGGACGCUAUAUAAGUCGGGCUGUAGUGCACACCGCCGUGUUAGGACAAAGCAUUCAGACUUUCAUUCAAGAUGCCAAACUGGGGAGGAGGUGCCAAGUGUGCAGCCUGUGAGAAGACCGUUUACCACGCAGAGGAGAUCCAGUGUAAUGGGAGGAGCUUCCAUAAGACCUGUUUCAUCUGCAUGAGCUGCAGAAAAGGGCUGGACAGCACCACGAUGACCGCACACGAGUCUGAGAUCUACUGCAAGUCAUGCUAUGGCAAGAAAUAUGGUCCAAAAGGUUACGGAUACGGGCAAGGAGCUGGAGCUCUGAGCUCUGAUCCUCCUGGACAGAACAUUGGGCUGCAGCCUCAUGACUCAAAACCUAAACAUACUUCAACGAAUGCAAACCCAAGUAAGUGCUCCCAGCAGUUUGGAGGGUCAGACCGCUGCCCUCGCUGCUCCAAAGCCGUCUAUGCUGCUGAGAAAGUGAUGGGCGCAGGAAAACCCUGGCAUAAAACCUGUUUCCGCUGUGCACUCUGUGGCAAAAGCCUGGAAUCAACGACGGUAACGGACAAGGAUGGGGAGCUCUACUGUAAAGUUUGCUACGCCAAAAACUUUGGGCCUAAAGGGUUUGGACUUGGAAACGCCGCCAUGUUGGAGGAGCGAGAGUGAACAGGCUUUGCUUGGUUGCUUUUCUUUUUUUAAACCUCAAACUUAAAGUCACGGUUACACUACAGCCUUUAUUUUACACUAAAUGAUGCAUUGUGAUGAGUAAGUGCUUAAAUUGUGAAAUAUUAUCUUACUUUUACAACAGCGCUUGUUACAUGACUGAUGUGUGAGAUGUUUCUAAAUAAUAAAUCAAGGAAAACAGA